AUGUCCAACGAUGGCCAGACAGAGGAAGAACAAGCAGCGGCUACCUCCGGAGCAGCGGUCGUCCUUCUGGAGUGCACUAAGGCAGUCGAAGACUACCGCGGCGGCACGAUCAACAAGGCACAAGCCCUCCUUGUUAUCGCGACUCAGCUCGUCGGCGCCGAGACCCAGUCGAACGGAACCCCCGGCGACAGCGCUACCAUACAGUCGUACCUCGCCAUGCUCGAUGAAAGAACGGAACGCGAGCGUCGAGCCGCCGGUACGCCUGAGUCUAUUCGAGCGCCUGAACCCAGCCGGUCUCGCGAGUCGAGCGAGGAGAUGGACGAACAGCCGUCAAAACGAGCGAAGGUCGACCCCGCCUCGUACGCCUGGGCCGCGUCCGAGUUCUUGCUCGAGUCGCAGUUGCACCCCCACGUCGCCCGAACACUCGAACUCAUACGAGUGUACGGAGAGGACCUCGCUCAAGCCAAGCGUCAUAUCAACUCGUCAGCCGCCGCGCCCGAGUUCCCGGAAGCAGAGUGGGCGAACGUUCUCACCGGACGCGCGAUCGAUCUCGACCACGUCUUCGCAGGGCGCUACACACCCGGAUCAGAGGAGAAGGUCUCCGAGCGCAUCGGGGAGCUCGAGCUAUCCUACAGAGCGCCCGUCCCUGCUAAAAAGAUUAGCAACUUUGGCGACUGGGUCUUCGCUUGGAAGCGCGCGUCAGUCGCGGUCACGUUCGCGUUCCCCCAUCGGCGCGAGGAACUGGACGACUACGGCGAGUACAUCAUCGGACUGUUCGGCGCGCUCGCGCCAGAAGUCCACACGCGCGUCCUCGACUUCGACCGCGCCGUGCGCAAGCGCGUCGGGGCAGCUAGGCGAUACUUGCUUACCGACAUCAACAACUUUGCCGACCUCCGGCUCCAGUACAUCGACGCAUGCGGAGCGAACGUGUACCGCGCACAAGCGUCCGCGCGCGACGGAGGACCAGUCGCGCGACGCCCCACUGGAGGGCGCCAAAAGGACGCGUGCCGCCGAUGGAACAGCGAAGAGGGCGCCGGUUGCCCUAGCAGGGCCGGCGAGUGUCCGUACAGACACGCAUGUUCAGCCUGCGGAGCUCGGGGGCAUAAGCGACACGAAUGCGCUAAGAACGCGCGUGCCGCAUGA